GCCCCAGCCCCUGCAGCGGCACCGGCGGUGGUUGCGGUGGGGGUGGCCGGAACUGGGGUGGUGAAGAAGCGGUGGCGGCGGCGGCGGCUGAGGGAGCAGCAGCCGCCCCAAGCCGCUUUCCCCCCCACCUCGCUUCCCUUCCUCUUUAGUGCAGCCAGGAAGUUUUUCGCUUCUGUGCAUGUGUGUGUGUGUGUGUGUGAGUGCGCGCGAGUGUGGGUGUGGAAGGUGAAGGUUUGGGCGGCGUUUGUGCAGGCGUUGGGGUUUUUUGCCCACUUCUCUUCCCGUAACCCGGGGAGCUCCCGAUCCUGGGCUGUGGCCCGGAGAGGGGGCGCGGCGGCGGCGGGCUUUCUCCUUUUGUUGUUGUUUCCUCCGCCCGGGGAGCUGAAGAGGGGACGCGCCUGGGUGGGGCGGCUCGGAGCCCGGGCCUGGUGGCCCCUGGGGGCUCCCGGGCGGGCAGGGUAGGGCCGCGUAGAGCGGGCUUCAACAUGAUGGCGGCCGAGGCCGGCGGUGAGGAGGGCGGCCCGGUCACCGCCGGGGCAGCGGGAGGCGGCGCGGCCGCGGCCUCGGGUGCCUACCCGGCGGUGUGUCGGGUGAAGAUCCCCGCGGCCCUGCCCGUGGCCGCCGCCGCCCCCUUUCCUGGGCUGGCGGAGGCCGGCGUGGCCGCGACUCUAGGUGGCGGAGCCGCUCUGGGGUCAGGCUUCCUGGGACCUGGGUCUGUGGCGGGGACCCCGGGGGGAGUCGGACUGUCAGCCGGAGGCGCUGCCGCCGGCGUGGCUGGUGUCGCCGCCGGCGGAGCCGGCGGGGAGAUGGCUGUCGCCAAGGGGACCACUUCGUUGCCUACUGAGACCUUCGGGGCCGGCGGCGGAUUCCCUCCUCUGCCGCCGCCUCCUCCUCAGUUGCCCACUUUGGGCGCUGGCCUGGGAACAGUGGACGAAGGUGACUCUCUGGAUGGACCAGAAUACGAGGAGGAAGAGGUGGCCAUCCCGCUGACCGCUCCUCCGACUAACCAGUGGUAUCAUGGAAAACUUGAUAGAACUAUAGCAGAAGAACGCCUCAGGCAAGCAGGGAAGUCCGGCAGUUACCUUAUAAGAGAGAGUGAUCGGAGGCCAGGGUCCUUUGUACUUUCCUUUCUUAGCCAGACGAGCGUUGUCAACCAUUUUAGGAUUAUUGCUAUGUGUGGCGAUUACUACAUUGGUGGAAGACGUUUUUCUUCUCUGUCAGACCUAAUAGGUUAUUACAGUCAUGUUUCCUGUUUGCUUAAAGGAGAAAAACUGCUUUAUCCAGUUGCACCGCCAGAGCCAGUAGAAGAUAGAAGGCGUGUCCGAGCCAUUCUCCCUUACACAAAAGUACCAGACACUGAUGAAAUAAGUUUCUUAAAAGGAGACAUGUUCAUUGUUCAUAACGAAUUAGAAGAUGGAUGGAUGUGGGUUACAAAUCUAAGAACAGAUGAACAAGGUCUUAUUGUUGAAGACUUAGUAGAAGAGGUGGGCCGGGAAGAAGAUCCACAUGAAGGCAAAAUAUGGUUCCAUGGGAAAAUUUCCAAACAAGAAGCUUAUAAUUUACUAAUGACAGUUGGUCAAGUCUGCAGUUUUCUCGUGAGGCCGUCAGAUAAUACUCCUGGGGACUAUUCACUUUAUUUUCGGACCAGUGAAAAUAUUCAGCGGUUUAAAAUAUGUCCAACACCAAACAAUCAGUUUAUGAUGGGAGGCCGAUAUUAUAACAGCAUUGGGGACAUCAUAGAUCACUAUCGAAAAGAACAAAUUGUUGAAGGGUAUUAUCUUAAGGAACCUGUACCCAUGCAGGAUCAAGAACAAGUACUGAAUGAUGCAGUGGAUGGCAAGGAAAUUUAUAAUACAAUUCGUCGUAAAACAAAGGAUGCCUUUUAUAAAAAUAUUGUUAAAAAAGGUUAUCUUCUAAAAAAAGGAAAGGGAAAAAGGUGGAAAAAUUUAUAUUUUAUCUUAGAGGGCAGUGAUGCCCAACUUAUUUAUUUUGAAAGUGAAAAACGAGCUACAAAACCAAAAGGAUUAAUAGAUCUCAGCGUGUGUUCUGUCUAUGUUGUUCAUGAUAGUCUCUUUGGCAGGCCAAACUGUUUCCAGAUAGUGGUUCAGCACUUUAGUGAAGAACAUUACAUCUUUUACUUUGCAGGAGAAACUCCAGAACAGGCAGAGGAUUGGAUGAAAGGUCUGCAGGCAUUUUGCAACUUAAGGAAAAGUAGUCCAGGGACAUCUAAUAAACGCCUGCGUCAGGUCAGCAGUCUUAUUUUACAUAUUGAAGAAGCCCAUAAACUCCCAGUAAAACAUUUUACUAAUCCAUAUUGUAACAUCUACCUGAAUAGCGUCCAGGUAGCAAAAACUCAUGCAAGGGAGGGGCAAAACCCUGUAUGGUCAGAAGAGUUUGUCUUUGAUGAUCUUCCUCCUGACAUCAACAGAUUUGAAAUAACUCUUAGUAAUAAAACGAAGAAAAGCAAAGAUCCUGAUAUCUUAUUUAUGCGCUGCCAGUUGAGCCGGUUACAGAAGGGGCAUGCCACAGACGAAUGGUUUUUGCUCAGCUCCCAUAUACCAUUGAAAGGUAUUGAACCAGGAUCCCUGCGUGUCCGAGCACGAUAUUCUAUGGAAAAGAUCAUGCCAGAAGAAGAGUACAGCGAAUUUAAGGAGCUUAUACUGCAAAAGGAACUUCAUGUAGUCUAUGCUUUAUCACAUGUAUGUGGACAGGACCGAACACUACUCGCUAGCAUUCUACUGAAGAUUUUUCUUCAUGAAAAGCUUGAAUCAUUGUUGUUAUGUACACUAAAUGACAGAGAAAUAAGCAUGGAAGAUGAAGCCACUACCCUCUUUCGAGCCACAACGCUUGCGAGCACCUUGAUGGAGCAGUAUAUGAAAGCCACCGCUACGCCAUUUGUUCAUCACGCUUUAAAAGACUCUAUCUUAAGGAUAAUGGAAAGCAAGCAGUCUUGUGAGUUAAGUCCAUCAAAGUUAGAAAAAAAUGAAGAUGUGAACACUAAUUUAGCACACCUGUUGAACAUACUUUCAGAGCUUGUGGAGAAAAUAUUCAUGGCUUCAGAAAUACUUCCACCGACACUGAGGUAUAUUUAUGGGUGUUUACAGAAAUCUGUUCAGCACAAGUGGCCUACAAAUACCACCAUGAGAACAAGAGUUGUUAGUGGUUUUGUUUUUCUUCGACUUAUCUGUCCUGCCAUCCUGAAUCCACGGAUGUUUAAUAUCAUCUCAGAUUCCCCGUCUCCUAUUGCUGCAAGAACACUGACAUUAGUGGCUAAGUCUGUGCAGAACUUAGCAAAUCUUGUGGAAUUUGGAGCUAAGGAGCCUUACAUGGAAGGUGUCAAUCCAUUCAUCAAAAGUAAUAAACAUCGCAUGAUCAUGUUUUUAGAUGAACUAGGGAAUGUACCUGAACUUCCGGACACUACAGAGCAUUCUAGAACUGACCUUUGCCGUGAUUUAGCAGCACUGCAUGAGAUUUGUGUGGCCCAUUCAGAUGAAUUGCGGACGCUCAGUAAUGAGCGUGGUGCACAACAGCAUGUACUGAAAAAGCUUCUGGCUAUAACAGAACUGCUUCAGCAAAAACAAAACCAGUAUACAAAAACUAACGAUGUCAGGUAGCAGCCUUCGCCGCAGUGUUCUGCAUGGAUUCAGCAUGCCCAAAAUGGGGCUUGGUAGGAAAAUCUUCAGAGAUAAAUGUGGACCUUGCUCUGAUGCCAAACUUUAGUGACCUAAAAGAGAAACAAGCUACUUAACUGUGGACAGUUUGCCUUCCUGUCUAGAGCCUGGCAGCACUGCUGCUUCAUCCGGACUGUACUGGAGGAUCGUCCGUUUCGGCUUCUCCCUCUUCACUUUCCUAAGAUCAUACUUUAUGAAUUUUAUUCCUCUCAUUUCUCAAUGAGAAGGAAACUAAAACCAAAAAGCUCAAGCCUAAAAUACAAACAAUUAUUAAAGAAUAUGCAUAUAGUAAAUUUUACUUUCAAAAUUUGAAUUGUAAUUAAAUGGUACCUAUACUCGAUGGAAAAGCAUAUCCUGGGAUGCACUGACACUGAGGAGAGGCGUGUAUCUGGAAAAUCGGGACUUAGGACAAUUGCGUUUCUAAGAAUUUCUUUAACCCCAUUUUCUAGCCAAAAAAACUGACUGAACAUCAUAAUUUGGUUCCAACUCUAGAAACUAAGAUCACAGUUAAAUAAUUAAAUGCUAUAACAACUUUUAGAUUAUGACACUUUAUAUAAAACAACAUUGGCAAAUUACAGCUUUAAUUUGUUAUCAAUCAUGAUGGGUUAAGGUUACCCAAACCUGGUGUUACUCUGGCUCCUUUGAAGAUGUUUUAUUUCACAUAAAGCUACCCUGAAAGGAAAAAAUUUUAAAUAACAUAAAUAGAAAAGUUUAAUAUAUUUUGAUGCUUUCACAAAUAAAGUUAAAUGCCAGACAUGCUUCAUCCAUCUGAUGAUUAGUUAGCACUGACAAAUCAAUUUCAAAUGGCUAGAGAGAAUCUACCAGGUCAUCGUCAGUCCAUUCUUCCUAAGAAGGAAAGAAAAUGUCAUAAGGAUAACAGUAUACUGAAACAUAACCAGUAUUGUUUACCUUCUUGCCUCUCUUUAGGAAAUUGUUCUUUUGCUUUGUUGAAUAUAAGGUAAAUAAAUCAGGAAAAUAUGUAGCAGUUUAACCUUAUAAUAAUAUGAUGUGGUCUUACCAGGUUAGCCUAGUGACAAGAAUCAAUGUUUCAGUUGUGACAUUCUGGGUCUGAUUAUUCAUUAUCUGACUUGACAUGUACAAUUUUCUUAAAACAAGGGUAGGAGAAGACUCCUUGAAGAUCAAGAAGUAUAUCUACUACCUUCUAGUAUAUCUACUACCUUCUAUAACCUUAGGAAGGAUUCUUCAUCAAGUAACUAUUAUACUACUUCAGAACAGGCCAAAACAGAAGUGAGAAAAAUUCCUCCAAUAAUGGCCAAGAUUAAUAAAAGAUACAAAAGAAAGCUUUCCAGUACCUCUCUCUAUAAUGCUUGUACUCUAGAACAAUAAAACCUUAACAUUACGGUUGUACCAGAAUAUACAACAGUAAUUUACAUUUUACCUUUGGAGAACAUACCUCCUCAUGUUUGGAUUUCUUUGAAACAUAAUCAUCAUCUUCGUAACCUUUUCUCUUCUUCCUAUAAUUAAGCAGCCAUCAAUAAACAAUCUAAUAUGGGCAACAGAAUAAGUUAGCAAGGCUAUGAGAUAUAUUUACUGAAGACCAAAGCCUGGAUAAAUGGAAAGAGGUGAAAAGUUCGGAUAGGAAAACUCUUUCAAAUUACUCUCUGAAUUCAAUGCAAUUCUAGUUACACUCCAAAAACAAUGACUUGUGGACUUACCAAGUCAAACUCGGACCUGGGAAAGAUUAGCAAAAGAAUCUGAAAACAAAGCAAGGGGGAUUUUGUCCUUCACGACAUCAAAAUAUACACCUAUAUUUGUAAACUAUGGUAAUUAAAAAUGUGGCACAGUUGUCCCUUGAUAUCUGAGGGGGACUGGUUCCAGGAACCCCUAGAAUACCCAAAUCCUCACAUGCUCAAGUCCCUUAUAUAAAAUGGCAAUGGUACAGUGGUGCUCUGCAUCCAGAGGGCUGACUGUAUCAGCAAAGAAUCACAGAUCAACGAUCACAGCAGACAGGUGAAAAACGAGGUAUACACAGGGAUUUAACCUGUAAUAAACGAGUAUUUAAAAUAACUAAGAAAAUCAAAGAGAAUUUUAAAUGGCUGGUACAAUGGGUUACUUAUUUGAACAAAAAUUUUAAUAUUAUGAGAUUUCUACCUCAGACCAGGCACAAAUAAUUGUAAAUGGUUUUUACAGCUGAACAAAAGGCAAAAUAAUAAUUUAGGGUAAGAAAAGGUAUUUAGAUGUUAAGAGUGUGAAGCAAAAGACAUGUUGCCUACAUCACAAAGUGAAAGGAACAACGGAAGAAAAUAGUUGUAUGAUACAUAUAAAAACGUCAAGAAAAUGACACCGGGAAAUUGAGUAGGGCUUAUAAUUAUGCAAUGCAGAAGACACACAAGUGAUUCUUAAACACAGAAAUAUCAAUGCCUCAAAGUAAUAGGGGAAAUGAAAACUAAAAGAUACUAUUUUCUUUUUUACCCAGACUGGCAACAGUUAAAGAUUGACAGUAUUAAAUGUUGUACAAUUUAUAUGAUAACAAUGGAAAAUUAUUUCUUCUACACAUACAUAGAGAAAAGCUUGGCAGAGGUAAAUGCCUCUCAGGUCACAACUGGGACUGGAGUUUGGUCAAAGAGAACUUUGGUUUACCUGUAUUAACUGGCUUUAAUAAUGAUAACAUAUAUUACUUGUAUACUGAAAAAAGAUAAAAGAAUCUUAAAGACCAAGGAAAAAUAUUUUAUCCCAAAGCAAUGCUUGUAACUGUGGGUCCAUGGACUGAUGUUGUUGGUCCACGAACAAUUUCCAGUGUGCAAUAAGUACAGAAACUGAGUGUAUGUUUAGAAACUUUAUAGCAAUUUGAUAGAAUAAUUUAUGACUGUUAAAUCUAAUAAAAUUUAAGCUUAUCUUUA